CAUACUGUCACAGAUGAAAAAUAGUCAUGAAAAUGCUAGUCAGACAUUUGAUUGUUCUCACAAUAGGUUCGAUAUGUUUUGGAAACCCAGAUGGCACGUAUAUUGCACAAUUGAUAGACGACACACAAAGAGCACCGUUAGUAGCUUUGCUAAACACCAGUGAUAUCAGUCAAAGUAUAUUGAAAUCCUUUGGAAAACAACUAAAGGAAAAUGUGGAUAAUUUAAUCAAUCCGAAAUUUGGCGACAUUUACCAUCGCAUACAGGAAUUGGAAGGAAAAUGUAAAACACUUGAGACAGACCGUUCGGCCGGAAUUCAAAGUAGUAAAGAUAUAAGAGAUUGUAGCGAUCUUCCAAAAGAUUCCCGAAGUGGUAUCUACAGGAUUAAACCAGACCAAUUAGACGAAUUCGAUGUUUAUUGUGAGAUGACAAUUGAUCAUGGCGGUUGGACUGUUAUACAGAGAAGAGAGAGUGGUGAUCUUGAUUUCUAUCUGGGUUGGGCAAAAUACAAGAAAGGAUUUGGUCAACUUAAUCGAGAAUUUUGGUUGGGAAAUGACAAGAUUCACACUCUGACAUCGCAAGGGAGAUAUGAAUUGAGAAUAGACCUUCAUGACUUUGACAACAAUCAAGCUUAUGCUAAAUACCAACAUUUCUACAUAGGCAAUGAAACGUCAAAGUACAAAAUCAAUGUUUACGGAUAUAGUGGGAGUGCGAGUGACAGUCUCGACUACAGUAACAGUGGAAGAUUUACAACUCUGGACAGGGAUAAUGAUGAAGCUAAAGAUAACUGUGCUCGACGUCAUCCUGGUGCAUGGUGGUACAAGGAUUGCAUGCAUUCUAAUCUCAACGGAUAUUACUAUAUCAAGACUCCUGUUGGAAGUUGGAAUGGAAUAAUUUGGUAUCAUUGGAAAGGAGCUAAACAUUCACUAAAGGCAACAGCUAUGAUGAUUCGUAGGCUGUAGAUAUACUAGUAUUCGACGCCUACAAAUGAUCAGGAUGUUCCACAUAUUUCCGUUGAGUAAUGUUAUAAUAAAGAUAUUUGAAACAUCUUA